CACACCGAGAAGAGAAGCAGUGGUGGGAAUGCCAUGGUCCAUCAAGAGCCAUUCCUCACCCCUUAACCCCCGUCCCCACUCCCCCCGUCCCCACUCCCCCCACCCUUCCUCACCCGUCCCCACUCCCCCCGUCCCCACUCCCCCCGUCCCCACUCCCCCGCCCUUCCUCACCCGUCCCCACUCCCCCCGCCCUUCCUCACCCGUCCCCACUCCCCCCGCCCUUCCUCACCCGUCCCCACUCCCCCCGCCCUUCCUCACCCGUCCCCACUCCCCCCGCCCUUCCUCACCCGUCCCCACUCCCCCCGCCCUUCCUCACCCGUCCCCACUCCCCCCGCCCUUCCUCACCCGUCCCCACUCCCCCCGCCCUUCCUCACCCGUCCCCACUCCCCCCGCCCUUCCUCACCCGUCCCCACUCCCCCCGCCCUUCCUCACCCGUCCCCACCCCCCCCGCCCUUCCUCACCCGUCCCCACUCCCCCCGCCCUUCCUCACCCGUCCCCACUCCCCCCGCCCUUCCUCACCCGUCCCCACUCCCCCCGCCCUUCCUCACCCGUCCCCACUCCCCCCGCCCUUCCUCACCCGUCCCCACUCCCCCCGCCCUUCCUCACCCGUCCCCACUCCCCCCGCCCUUCCUCACCCGUCCCCACUCCCCCCGCCCUUCCUCACCCGUCCCCACUCCCCCCGCCCUUCCUCACCCGUCCCCACUCCCCGCUUUUCUCCCCUCUUCGCUUCCCUCGUCUAUCCCCUUUUUUUCUUUCUCUGCGAUAG